UGCUGGGAUCUCUGCAAUGUCGACAUAGUCACACUUUUAUGGAGGCGAGCUGCACGGAGGCCAGCUCCACGGUGCUGUUUGCUCGGAGCCGUCAUGGCCCCGUCCCUAGCCCUCACCAACUUUAUUCUGUUCUUCAUCGGAGCCGUGCUCCUCUAUCAAUACAGCAACACUUUUCGAUAUUAUUUUCGGGUUUGUUUUUUAAUUGGCUGGAUGCUGGGCAUGUCCCUCCUCGUGCUUCCUGUUGUGGCUCUCCAAGGAAGAAAUGUGGCAAAUAUGAGAGUCCUCCGUUUCGUAAUGUUGCCUUUGAAAUACAUUCUUGGCAUUAGGAUCAGCGUACAGGAUGCUAUGAACUUAAACCUGGAAGGGCCAUAUGUCAUGGUUGCCAAUCAUCAGAGCAACGUGGACUAUCUUGGGUUGAUUCAGAUCUUGCCAGGGCGAUCCACCCUCAUUGUCACAAAAGACAUCUUCUACAUGCUGACGGUGGCAGUGGUCUGCUGGCUGAGCGGCUUCAUUAUCAUUGACAACAAGGUAGCAGAUACCACCCGCGCCAUGACAGCAGUAGCAGAGACCAUGAUCCGGGACAAUCUGCGGAUCUGGGUGUUUCCUGAAGGCACCAAAAACUACUACACCACCAUGCUGCCAUUCCAACAUGGGGCUUUCUAUCUGGCUGUGAAAGCUCAGGUCCCAAUCAUUCCUGUGGUGAUGUCCUCAUACCGACCUUUCUUCAACAAGAAGAUCCAAAAAUUCAUUCCAGGGCAAGUGACAAUCCGGGUCCUCCCACCAAUGAAGACAGAAGGGCUUGUUUCAGCUGAUGUCCCAGAACUCACAGACCGUGUGCGGGAAGCCAUGCUCUCCUCCUUCCAUGAGAUAUCAGAAGGCACAAGAGAGCAUGAAUAAAUCACCAAAGAAGCCAUCUAUUGCCAAGAAACUUAGAAACCAUUCCUCCCCCCUCACCUUGACCCAUAAAAUCAUUUUCAACUAUAAAAAAAUGUAAAUGUUUGCUCAGAAACCAGGGA